GUAGGUUAUUUUUUUACACUUGCACAAGUUGUUUGUUAUUUUCUUGUUUUGUAGAAAUAAAUAAAUAUAUUAUUAUAAACUAAGGUCGAUAUAAGGAAAUUUUACUGAACAUUUUUUGUUGCAAAUAACAUGCAGAAUCUAUGUUUUUCGGCUAUUACUCCUUUUGUUAGACACUAUGUAUAAAACCAACAAAUAGUAAAGCCCUACAUAUUAUACUAUUCUUGAUUGGGAUGAUCUACGCAACUUUACAUUAUUGUUGGAAUGCAUAACUAUUGAGCAAUGUGUGGCCUGGUUUUGGGAGGCACAGAUAGCGUGACUGGCGUGGGAAAAUAUGGCUGUUGCGGGGGCGGUGGGGCGGCUAUAAAAGGAGGCGGUCGGAGCUGGAGGUGGCAGCCACGACAUGCAGUCCUCUCGCCGCCCCCGGGCCGCCGUCUUGCCGCCUCCGCAGUCAGGACGCCACCUCCGGCCAAGGCUCUCACAUUCCGCCUCCUCGCUGUCCGAAAUGCUGCGCUCAAAAAAGUCCAAACCCAGGAAGGGUGGAAGGAUGGAUAAUCUACGUAAACGUACCACUGACUACACAGACUUCGCUUACAAGGAAGCAGUCUCCAAGCUGCGAUACCUGCUGGCCGAGUCCUAUAAUCCGGCAUCUGGUCUACCCAAGUAUACAAUCAGCCACCACCACCGCCAUCACCAUACGGUGUUCGCAGAUGAAGUUGGCACUGGCACUGAGAUGACGUCACUUCCGAUGCCCAUCACCCACGUGUCGCCACCCAAGAGGCCCUUCCCCGUGCCCACCAACAGUGCCCACCAGCAGCCCGCCGAACUCAUAUCGUUCAUCGAAAAGCAGGAGGAGUACAUAGAGCAGCUCGAGAAGGAGUCCCAAUACUGUCGGGAUGAGCUUUCAAAUUUAAUGGGGAAGGUGAAAGAAGUAAUAUCGGAAAAUGAGGGACUCCAUGAACGCAGGAAAUCGGGAAUUUUGAAAACAGCAUUCGACUCAUUCGAAAUGGAGGACUAUGAAGACUAUGAUGACGAUGCUAAUGAUGAAAAGGAAUACAAAGUGACUGAACCUAACAGUAAGCGGCCACUUAUGGGGCCGAACAUUGUGUACGAGUCGAGAAUCAGUGAGUUGGAGGCCCAGCUGACUCAGGCCAAGAUGGACCUGAGGAAGGCCCAGGAAGAGGCGGACAGCCUUCGCAAGCAGCUGGCUGAGUCCAGGGUUUACCCCUCUUCGGUCGCCGUUGAAAACAUCUCUGAGCUCGACAGCGAUCGGCAGAUUCAAAUGUUGCAAAGGGAAAAGGAAGAGUUGAUGGAGAUAGUUGAGAAACUGCAAGCGACAGUUGCCCAAAUCCGAGAUAAAGAGGCAAAUGCCACCCAGAAAGUGAGGAGGAGUCUUGAUGUUGUCGAUCAGGCCCAGUUUGAAAAGAAUCAAGCAGAGCUAGAAGUGCGCCGACUGAAGACAGAGGUGGACCGUCUGAACGAGAAGCUGCGAGAGAGCGCGGCCGAACAGACACGACGCCUGACCGAAGUGGAGCGUCGCUACGCCACCCAGGCCGAACAGCUGAGUGGCGAUCUGGCGUCACAGUGGGACAACAACACGCGCCUCAACCUCGAGCUGGACAGACAGCGACGACUCGAGACCGAUCUCAGGCGUGAUCUUCUUCAUAAGGCCGCUACCAUUGAUGAUCUAAAGAAGGAGCUCAACUCCAGAAUCACGUGCCGAGUAAAAGUAGGGCCCGUUUGCCCCAAAGGCAGCCUGCAGAGCGAGGUGGUGGCGGCAGGGGCGGAGCGGGAGGGCCUGGAGACGGAGGCGGCUUCCGCGCGAAUGGCGCUCGAGCGAGCGGAGCGCGCCGCCAAACAUGAUUCGGCGCGGAUGCAGGCGGAAGUUCAGGCGCUCAGACAGCGGUUGGACCGCGCCGACGCCGAUCUACUGCACAGUCGCAAGGAGAACCUGAGGCUUGGCGAGCAUGUGUCGUCGCUCGAACGCGAGUUGCAUAUGGCGAAGCUUGCAAAUGAAGAGGUGGGCUCCAUGAAGGACUCCAAACGCGAAAAAGAGCUGACUGCCAUGAUAAUGGAUAUGGAUUCGAAACAUGUCAAAAAUGUCGCUGAGCUAGAAGGCAUGAUACAGUCUCAGACGCAACUGAUGGAAAAACUGAAAGAUGAGUGUCAAAUGCUGACACGGAGGCUUGAAGAUUGUACUACACGCCACAAAAGGGAUAGGAGCAGCCUGAAGGAUCAAAAUGAAAAACUAGUUGACCGUCUGAGUCGGGUUUGGGAGAACUGUAAAGACUUGCGAACAGUUUGUGCGCAGUAUGGAAUUGACGUAGAUGGACAGAUGACGGAAUGGGUGGGGAAUACGAGCAGCCGCAGUACGAUGAGUCCGCCAUGCCCACUGAGCCCCCGGCAGAUUGAGGGUGAGGAGGAGGAGGAGGAGGAGGAGGAGGAGGAGGAGGAGAACAGUGAAGGGCUACUUCUACAGUCGUCCAUGCCGCAGCUUGCUAACACCACCGUCACCCCCGCCAUAGCCUUCCAUCGACUCUACAAGUCAACCGACAAUCUCAUCGAUUAUUAGGCUUCAAACACAAAAUAUUCUUAUUUAUCAUUCAUUUAUUGUAUAAAACACUAUAAUCAUAAUACAAUUAUGACAUUGGAGGAAAAACUAGGCUGAACCUGUACUAUUUCUCUCCGAAAAUUUUGAUAAAAUGUUAAUGUUGUACUAAGAUUUAUUAUUAAAUAAUAAUAUCUCUGAUUGCCAAUGAUUAUAGCAGCCAGAGAAGCUUAUUUAUAUACAUUUUACAUGCAUACACAAAAUAUAAUUAUAAUAUAUUUCUCUGAUUGCCAAUGAUUAGCAGCCAGAGAAGUUUAUUUACAUACAUUUUACAUAUGUAGUCUUUUUUCUUUAGGGCUACUCUUGAAUAUAAAUGAAAAUCGAAAUCUAUGUCAUCUAGUCUACUUGAUAAUGACAUCAUAUAGCUGAAAAAUGCUGUGACUAAACAAUUUUAAAAGGGUACUUAAAUUUAUAUUUUACAUGUAUUAUUUACAUUUAUUCACACAUAUGGAUAGACGUUGUUGUUCAUUUCUCCGUGCUUCAACCGCAAUAAUUGGGCUGUGCCGGUUGGUCCAAGACCAAUCAUUUUAAUGAAUUGUGUAUCAUUGAAUAAAUAAAUAAAUAAUUUCUGCAAUAGAACAGGCAUCGAAACAAGUCAAAUUGAAUACCAUGAAUACUAUCAAAACGUUUGAAGGCACUGGAAUACAUCUUCAGCGAACAGUGUUAAG